CACAUACUGUACGCACAUUUUUUGCAACACAGUGUGUGUGGUAUGGCUUCGUGUUGGGGACGUUUCUAGAAGGAAUUGUACGGCGAUUUGGGUUUGGUGUUGGUUGAUACGGAACGUAGCCUGAACGAACCCACUUGAACAAAUCCUUUGAAAUCUUAUAACAUCUUAUCUUCGUUGCUCAAUAAUUUAACACAUAUAUAAAGAAAAUGAGUGGAUCUAUGGGUUCGCUAGCGUUUGAUGAAUAUGGAAGGCCGUUUAUUAUCAUCAAAGAUCAAGAAUCUAAGACACGAUUAUGUGGAAUAGAGGCACACAAGUCUCAUAUAAUGGCAGCUAAAGCUGUAGCAAACACACUCAAAACAUCACUUGGACCAAAAGGUUUAGAUAAGUUAAUAGUGAGCCCUGAUGGUGAUGUAACGGUAACAAAUGAUGGCGCCACAAUUCUUGCACAGAUGGAUGUUGAACAUCAAAUAGCGAAAUUGAUGGUAGAACUGUCCAAGUCACAGGACGAUGAGAUCGGUGAUGGCACUACCGGGGUAGUAGUUUUGGCUGGUGCUUUGCUUGAACAAGCUGAACAGCUAUUGGACCGAGGCAUCCAUCCAAUUCGCAUCGCCGAUGGUUACGAGUUAGCAUCUCAAAUUGCCAGUUCUAGACUAGACGCCAUUGCAGAAAGCUUUGAAGUAAAUAAGGAUAACAUAGAACCACUUGUAAAAGUAGCCAUGACAACAUUAGGUUCCAAAAUCAUCAAUAGAUGUCACAAACAAAUGGCAGAGAUUGCUGUCAAAGCCAUCAUGUCUGUUGCAGACUUUGAAAGGAAAGAUGUCGACUUUGAGCUAAUCAAAGUGGACGGUAAAGUUGGAGGCAAACUAGAAGACACGAUGUUGGUAAAAGGAGUUGUAGUGGACAAAGAUUUCAGUCACCCACAGAUGCCAAAGGAAAUCAAAGAUGCAAAGAUGGCCAUCUUGACAUGUCCUUUUGAACCCCCAAAACCAAAGACCACGCACAAGCUUGACGUUAAAUCUGUUGAAGAUUACAAGAAACUCCAAGCCUAUGAGAAAGAGAAAUUUGCAGAGAUGAUCAAACAGAUAAAGGAUACCGGAGCGAACCUGGCAAUUUGCCAAUGGGGCUUCGAUGAUGAAGCUAAUCAUUUGCUACUACAGAAUGAACUGCCGGCCGUUAGAUGGGUUGGUGGUCCAGAAAUUGAGUUAAUUGCUAUUGCGACUGGUGGACGAAUUGUGCCCAGAUUUCAAGAACUGACGGCGGAGAAGCUAGGCACAGCUGGUGUUGUAAGAGAGAUGUCUUUUGGUACAACUAAGGAUCACAUGCUGGUUAUAGAAGAUUGUCCCAAUACAAAAGCAGUCACCAUUUUCAUCAGAGGAGGGAAUAGAAUGAUUAUAGAAGAAGCAAAGAGAGCGUUACAUGAUGCUCUUUGUGUCACACGUAACCUGGUCCGUAGCAAUCAUAUAGUGUAUGGUGGCGGAGCAGCAGAAAUUGCCUGCGCAUUGGCAGUAAGUGAAAGAGCCGACAAGAUAUCAAGCAUAGAGCAGUAUGCGAUGCGGUCAUUUGCAGAUGCUCUAGAGAGCAUACCAAUGGCGCUGGCUGAAAAUAGCGGCCUUCAUCCAAUACGUACGCUGGCCGAGGUGAAGUCUAAGCAGCUGAAGGAGAAUAACCCACGCCUAGGAAUUGAUUGUCUCAACUCUGGUACAAACGAUAUGAAAGAGCAGCAUGUUUUGGAGACGCUGAUUGGUAAAAAGCAACAGAUUCAACUCGCAACACAAUUGGUCAGAAUGAUACUCAAGAUCGAUGACAUCAGGUCUCCGGCAGAACAGUAUUAACUUAAAACAUAAGAAUAUGUACCUAGAAGCAGAUGCUGCAUAUGUGCUUGGUUUAAAGGGUUUGCUGGUAGCUCUUUGUAGAAAGGUGUUGUUUUGACGCAGAUUGUACUCCCUUCCUUUGGUACCAUUGCGCACUUGUAAAUGUCAUGGUCCACCUCUUGCUACUAUAGUUUACAAUGUGAAUGAGUAUUUCAUUAUGAGCAGGGGUAAUGUCGUGUACUGAAGUUAUUGUGACUUGAUAAGUGUUCUGAAGCUAUAAAAUUAUCAAACUUUUGAUAUGCAGUAAACGUUGCAGAUGACUAAUAAGAAUCAUCAUGAUUGAUGUUGUAUUUUGUUGUCGUAAAUAUGUUGCUAGGCAGGUUGCCAAUGCAAGAAAGAAAAAAGUAUUCUGCAUGUAAGGAGUUGGUAAAGUAGGGGCGCUUCAAUUUUUUUUUUUUACAAGUUAUAGGUCAGUAAAAACCACAAGCAUCUGCUUCAGUUUUACUGGAAUAUUAAAAUCAUAAAGCAUCCAUUAAUUUCUCAUACAUGUAUCCUAACAAGCAUGUUGAUAAUGUAGUAGGAGAGAGAUCUAAGAAAGAGGACAAAUGCUCCUUAAAUUUCCAAUGAAGUAGAGUGUAAUUUACUUCAUGUUAAAGGACAUUCAAUUGAACUCACUGUUAUUGUAUCUCAUGAAUGCAUUGCUGACAGCUAUGGUAGACAUGUGCAAUGAAUAAACUAAACCAGUUCACUAAA